AUGUCCCUCCAGGUGAGAUGGCCCGACGUGUCCGUCACAAAGCAAAAGGCUCUCGAGGAUGCAAAAAAGAUGCAAAAUGCCGUCUUCGAGAGCUGCACAAAGGCCGGCAAGCAAGCCCCGCAGUAUGAGCUUCAAGAGCUCGUCGGCAAGGGAAGUUUUGGUCGGGUUUACAAAGCGACCGCCAUGAAGACCGGCCAGUUGGUUGCCGUCAAGAUCAUCGACAUUGAGGAGAGCGACACGCUGAAUCCCAAGCUGGCCGACACUUACAGUGACCUGCUCAAGGAGAUCAAUGCCCUGCAGUUGCUGAGCGACAGCGGGGCCAAGAACAUCAACCAUGUUAUCGAGGCGCUACCAGUUGGUCAGUCCAUGUGGAUGGUGACCGAGUAUUGUGCCGGAGGGAGCGUUGCUACGCUCAUGAGGCCAACGGCCCCUGGUGGACUGUUGGAGAAAUGGAUCAUUCCCAUUGUGCGUGAAGUUGCCGAGGCCAUUCACUGGGUCCACGGCCAAGGCAUCAUCCAUCGCGAUCUCAAGUGUGCCAACGUCUUGGUCACCGAGACUGGCGAUGUUCAGCUGUGCGACUUUGGCGUUGCCGGUGUGAUCGAAACAAAGGUUGACAAGCGGACAACCUUUAUUGGAACUCCUCACUGGAUGGCGCCUGAGCUUUUCGACAAGGAUGCAUCAUAUGGAACUGAGGUCGACAUUUGGGCUUUUGGUGCCAUGGUGUAUGAAAUUGCAUCUGGCUUGCCACCAAAUGUCACUGCUGGAAUUGAUUUCUCGAGACUAGGAUCACAUCUGAAGCACCAUACGCCUCGACUCGAGGGUGAUCAAUAUUCAGCUGGCCUGAGAGAUUUGGUGUCCUACUGCCUUCAGCACGACGCCGCAAAGCGACCAACGAUCGAGCAAGUACAGCUCCACAGAUACGUCCGCAAUACGGAAGAGUCACAUCCGACCUCCUCUCUCGUGCAUCUGGUUCGAGCCUUCAAAUUGUGGGAGGCUCAGGGAGGAGAUCGGAGGUCGCUCUUCUCUGCCGGCGGCGCCCAGGGCUUGGCUGAUCUCUCAGCCGCAAUCUCCAACGACGAGUGGAACUUCAGUACGACUGCGGCCUUUGACCAACAAGUCCUCGACCAAGGCGAUGCUCAAGAUGUUUACGAUGUGUAUGGGUCAAAGGUGGAAUUCAAUCCAGAAGGCUAUGAUGAAACGUCUCGUCCACAAAAGCCCAAGUCGCGAAGGAGGCCUCCACCCCAUCUUCCCUCGGUGAAAGCACCUUUGGAGAAAAUCUUCGAUCCGAAUACCAUAUCUACCUAUGAAGAAAACUCGAGAGCAUACUAUAGCCAACCGUUCCAAGCCCCCAUAUCGGAUCUACCUCUUCGAGACGAGACCGCACCUACGCCAGAUGUCAGAGAAUCCUUGAUUGACCUGGACGUAUCGCUUCACGGUGGAGAGCUGUCGCAGUUUGUCGACUUGGACACUAUCAAGCCCAGCAAUAUCGAUUCGCAUGCAUCUUUGGAUUAUGACUUUGAUGAUGCAAGCUUCGUCAGGGGGCCGAUGAGCGACCCAAUUGAUCUCAAAGACAAUCGGCGUACUCAGGAUUGGAAAUUUCCCUCAAUGGCGGCGCCUGUGUCUGCCGAUCCGCAGGAAUUCAAAUUUCCUUUCACCAACAAUCUUCCCCCGCCAGAUGAUGGCCGGCCUGCGCUUGUUCACCACGCCGCCACCGAACCGCCUUAUCAACAUACUGCUAGUCUUAGCGAACUUUCGCAGACUGCCUCAGCCGACCAUCGUGCGUCUGUGGGGAGUUUGAUAGAUCUCGACAUGAGCUUCGCCGAUUCGUCGACUGACUUUACUCGCCCUUCGACAUCCCAUUCUGAUGUCGGCUCCAUUAGCGGCUCGGAGAUUGGUGGCGGGAACCCGUUUGAGCUGGAGAAACACGCUUCGCUCUAUGUCAUGAAUGCUACGAACCGGGAGCCUUCGAUUUACAUCUCAGAUGACUCUGAGUAUGCACACGUGCUCACGAGUAUCCCCGACCUCUCGUUGGAUGAAGAGUCGAAGCACGAUGACUCUCAUAUUACCAGAGAGCCCAACACCGCAGUCUUCAAUGAAGGCCGGCCCUAUUCUCUGAGCGACUUCGCCGAUAUGGAUCCUGAACUACCUCCAGAACCAGCUCCCGCUCCAAGCACACCUCACCAAUCUCCGCCCCUUCCGCGUCCGCGCCCUGCUAUGCGGCACUUUGAGGCCCCGCUUCCUCCUCUCCCGGCGGCUCCUAUGCCGAAUGCCAUGCUGGGACAAGCUUCGCCUGAAGAAGUUAGGAGUGAGUUGCGGCGGUUGGCGAUGAGUCUUGGGGACCAUCUUACUUAUGUCAAUUCGUAUCUGUCGACUCUGCCUGUUCGGAGGAAAAGUACGCAUACGCACUACUCGUUGGACCCAGAGGGCGGUGCGAUCUAA